CGCAGCAUUGAUUUUUCUCUACGCCUCUUGACUGGUCCCCGCUGCGCGCCACCGACAGACGUCAGCGUGCGCGCUCUUGGCAUGGCGUUGCGAGAGGAUCCUCAACACAGAGUAGAGUUUGCGCCUUGGUAGCCUGUAAUGUCCGGGGCUGGUCUUAUUCACUGCUAGUAGGGAUAACUUUUCUGGCAUGGGUCUGGAUUUCACGGGCCAUCCCAAGGAAUGCCAACACCGUCCCGUCGCCAUCGAACUUGCGAGCAGCGUCUAGGAGGCGUGAGUCGCGGAGUAGAAGCGCGUGUCCUUCAGAAAACAGACAGGCAGCUGUUGCAGUGAGGCAGUAGCAUGGAGGCAGGCGGCCGUGUCGCCACGGUUGCAGCUGCCGUAGCUCCGGCUCUGGCUCCAGCGACGGCUGCUCCGGUGCACCAGCAGGACUCCGCUGGUCGUCAUGACGCAGCUGAUGGGGAUCUGUUGCCCGGUCCCCUCCGCACAGAGGAGGAGGAGGAUGGGAGUCUCUACCAAAAUGACAGAACCGACAUGGAGGAUGCUGCUAUGCAGGCCAGCAGUGCUGAUGUCCCUGAGCCAGAGUCUCUGCGCUCCUGUGUGAGCACAGCUAGCAUGAAGGUCAAAAACAUCAAAAAGCUGUCCUUCCCUAAAGGCCAUUUCCCCCGCCUGGCAGAAUGUGCUCAUUUCCACUAUGAGAAUGUGGACUUCGGCUCCGUCCAGUUAUCCCUGGCUGAGGAGCAGUGUGAACCUCCCAAUGUUGCUGCUGACUCUAAGGACCUGAUCUUCCUCGUGCAGAUCUGCUGUCAGGGCCUGAGCUGGCUUCUGAGGCGCUCCUAUGAGGACUUCCGUGUUCUGGACAAGCACCUCCACCUGUGCAUAUAUGACCGGCGCUUCUCACAGCUCUCCGAGCUGCCCCGCUACGAGCACCUCAAGGACAAGACUGAGACUCUUCCCCAGAUGUUGACGGCAUACCUCACCCGCCUGUCGGCCAUCGCUGACAAUAAGAUCAACUGCGGCCCGGCACUCACAUGGAUGGAGAUCGACAACAAGGGGAACCACCUGCUAGUGCACGACGAGUCCUCCAUCAACGUGCCUGCCAUCGCCGCCGCGCACGUCGUCAAGCGCUACAUCGCCCAGGCCGCCGACGAGCUGUCGUUUGAGGUUGGGGACAUUGUGUCUGUGAUUGACAUGCCUCCCAAAGAGGACACAGGCUGGUGGAGAGGGAAGCAUGGAUUUCAGGUUGGCUUCUUCCCCUGCGACUGUGUGGAGCUGAUAAGUGAAAAAAUCCCUGCCUCUGUUACCACGGUGAUGACCAAACCAGUCUCUAAGAAGCACGGGAAGUUGAUCACAUUCCUGCGCAGCUUCAUGAAGUCGCGGCCCAGCAAGCAGAAACUCAAGCAGAGGGGCAUCUUUAGAGAGCGUGUGUUUGGGUGCGACCUAGGGGAGCAUCUUCUCAACUCUGCACACGAUGUUCCUCAGGUGAUCCAGAGCUGCACUGAGUUCAUUGAGAAGCAUGGGGUGGUGGACGGCAUCUACCGCCUGUCCGGCAUCGCCUCCAAUAUCCAGAAACUCAGGCAUGACUUUGACUCGGAGCACGUCCCGGACCUGACCAAGGACAUCUACAUUCAGGACAUCCACUCGGUGGGCUCGCUGUGCAAGCUCUACUUCCGAGAGCUGCCCAACCCCCUGCUCACCUACCAGCUCUACGAGAAAUUCUCCGAUGCGGUGUCUGCAGCCACGGACGAGGAGAGGCUGGUGAAGAUCCAUGACGUAAUCCAGCAGCUGCCUCCUCCGCACUACAGGACUCUGGAGUUCCUGAUGAGACACCUGGCCCGUCUGGCCGCGUUCAGCUACAUCACCAACAUGCACAGCAAGAACCUGGCCAUCGUCUGGGCCCCCAACCUGCUCCGGUCGAGGCAGAUUGAGUCGGCGUGUUUCAGUGGCACAUCGGCCUUCAUGGAGGUGCGGAUCCAGUCAGUGGUUGUGGAGUUCAUCCUGAACCAUGUGGAGGUCCUCUUCAGCCCCAAACUCAACUCCCUCAUCAGGGAGGGAUCAGGCCACGGCACGCUGGCGCGGCCCAAGUCUCUGCUGGUGUGCUCCCCGUCCACCAAGCUGCUGUCCCUGGAGGAGGCCCAGGCACGCAUCUCCCCCAGCAGCCCCCACGGGCAGUACAUCGAGGUGGGCGAGGGGCCCAGCGCCCUGCAGGGCAAGUUCCACACCGUCAUCGACUUCCCCACCGACAGGAAGAAGGCUUCGGUGAAGUCGAAGAAGUCUCCGGUGGGCGGCUGGAGGAACUUCUUCCAUCUGGGCCGCUCGUCUUCCACAGCCGCCAAGCGCAAGCUGCACCGCCAUCCCAGCGAGCCUAACCAGAUCAAGACCAUGGCACUGCCAGGUGGACGAGGUGACUCCGGAACUCUCCGCUCUGCUAAAAGUGAAGAGUCUCUUUCUUCUCACAACUUUGAUGCAGGUGACUCGAAGCUGUCGCGUCCACGGCGACCGCUGUCAAUCAGCGAGGCGCUGUCCACUUCCUUUAAUGAGGAGCUGCUAGAGAGCCACGCCCACUCCGCACACGCCCUGCCCGGCCCUGCCACCAAAAACACGUCCGCCACGUCCUGUGUGCCAGCGCUCAUCUCGCCCCCUCGUCAUGACGCCGACCUCCGACCCCUCACCUCUGGCCUGGGCUGUCUGGACUUUGACCCCAUGGCCUUCCAGUGCAGCGGGCCGCCAGCUGACCCCGCGCGGCCCGAGGGUAGGAAGCAGGGCAGUAAGCGGGGCAGAAGUCAUGGCAACGGGGCGACCGACGCUCAGCCGAGCGUCUCACCCUCGGACAACCCCUCGGCCGCUGCCGUGGCGACGGUCAUCUCGCUGCGCUCGCCGACCGGCAGCCCUGCGCCUGCACCGCUGCGUCUGGAGGAGGAGCUGAGGGAGGAAGAGGAGGAGGUGGCUCUCAACUUCCCCUCCAUCUCCGCUGCUGCUGCUGAAUCUGUUCCUGAGGAGGACCCUGCAGCCUGGGCCGACUCGCGGGUCAGAACUGAGUCCCGGUCCGCGCGCACGGCGCCGGUGGCCGUCCCGGACUCGGUGUCUUCCACGCCCCUGACGUCUUCCCCCUCCAUGAGGAGCGAGCCCCUGCCCAGUGAGGGCAGCGCCGGGCCCAACAGAGCUGGGUCCAAACGCAGCGGGUCCUGCAGCGCCGACUGCAGAGCGGCAGCCAUGGAACCCAAACAGAACCGACCCGACCCAGGCUCCCUGACACUGGACUGCACUCCUGGGCUGGUGAGUACCGACUCUCUGAUCUCCCCUCAGCCUCCGGGGAAGAACGCUGCCCGCAUGCUGGCCCUGGCGCUGGCCGAGUCUGCCCAGCAGGUGGCGCUCCACUCCCAGAGAGCAGGAGCGCCCCCUCAACAGCCCCCUCCACAGCCCCAGAGCCCCUCGUCCCCCAGCCCCAAGCUGCCCCUCCUCAGCCCUGUCGGCCCCUACUCGCCCCCCCAGGGCAACACGCCCUCAUCUGACCCCAGCGAGCCGCCCCCCUCACACACCUCCCGCUCCGCCAGAGCCAGCGUGGCUGACGGUGGGGCUCUGAGAGCGCCGGGCGGGCCGAACGUGGGUCAUGAGAGGACAGCGAGCGCGGUGAAGGCUGUCCGCGUGUGCGGUGCCUGUGGUGGCGAGGAGAGAGAGCCGGGCCCGAGAGGAGCGCCCCCUGUUCCCCGACUGUGCCACUGCGGCGUCCCUGCUGCCCAGGAGAGACCCCCAGCGGGCACGGCCAGCCUGGCACAGGAGCCGCAUGAGGGCGCGCGGGGAGGGCACCCCAGCGUGGAGGAGCCGGAGCGCAGCAGCCCCAAACCCCUCCACCCUCCUCAUCACCAACACCAACACCACCCUCAACACCACCCUCAACACCACCCUCAACACCACCCUCAACACCACCCUCAACACCAUCCCCAACACCACCCUCAACCCCAUCCACAACACCACCCACAACACCACCCUCAACACCAUCCCCAACACCACCCUCAACCCCAUCCCCAACACCACCCUCAACCCAAACCCGUGCCCCCGACACCCCCGCGCCGCACGGCUGAGAGCCGCCUGGCCACCGCUGCCCUCCAGAACCAGAACCGCGAGGCGGUGAACGCCUCCAACUUCCGCACGGUGCUGGCGGAGGCCUCGGCGCCGGCGUCGGUCAAAGAGGCGUUCCCCCACCCCUCUCUCCGCUCCCCCGGCUCCUCCUACCCCCUGAGCCCCGAGGAGGACCCCUACGGGCAAACGCGCCCCGGACGCCACCGCAGGUGCCCCCCGCCCUUCCCCACCCAGCCCGAGAGCCUGCCGCCGCACCUCGGGGGGCUGAAGGUGCACCCUAAGGCGUCGUACGAGAGCCACUACGGAACGCUUGGCCCCCGCUCCCUCCACCAGUCCAUCAAGUACAAGGAGCACUACCGGGACGAGCACCCGUCCACCACGCACUUCCGCCGCUCGGGGCAGUGGUACGCCCCGUUGGAGGGGGCGCUGGUGUACCCCACCAUCCGCCGGGUGCGUUCGCUGCACGCGCCGCCUGAGGACCGGCCCUUCUUCUUCCAGAGCAAUCCGUACCCCUCGCGGAAGGGCCACGCCGAGAUCCACCAGGUGCAGCCCUACUUUGAGAACGGCAAGGUGCAGUAUCGGUACAACCCGUACUCGGACUCGCCCUACGGUGACCCGGACGGUCACAGGGGGCGCCAGUACAGCCACAGCCACGCCUACACUCUCCGCCGCGUGCCCCCUCCCGCGUCCGCACCUGCGCCCCCGUCGAAGACGGGCUGUGCCCCGCGAGGGGGCUACCCCAACCCGCUUAGCCACGUCAUCCCAGAGAAGGACUACAGCUUCCAGAGCCACGAGGGCUGCUACUUCCCCCGAGUGGACGACGCCUCGUUGCCGUCCGUCUGGACCUCGGAGCCGCCCGACAGGCACUUCCACCAGGCGACACUGCGGAGGGACAGCAGGACCAAGAGAAAGCCGCACGGCGGCCCGUCUGCCCAGCAGCAGCAGCAGUACUUGGGGGUGAGUCCGGUGCGCCCCAGGCCAGAGGCCAGCCGGCGGGAAAGCAGGCACGUGAGGCAUCGCUCGGACUCCGGGAGGGACCUGCUCAUAUCCACGGAGGAGCCUGGUGGUCAUUUUAAAGUCACCAUGGUAUCCCAGAGUUCCCCAGAGCAGCUGUUCUCCGAGGGCGAGUCGUCCCACCCGGAGCAGCGGCGGAAGGCCGAGCUGGGAGCCAGGGAGGCACUGAUGCUCAAGCAGAACAGCGCCCCCUACAGGAACGUGCCACAGGAGAGCCGCCCUUUGCCCCCCCACCUCUCCCUUCACAAGGAGUACAGCUGCCCCGACUUCAAGCACACCGAUGGCGGAGGCGGCGGUCAUGCUCGAGAGCCGGAGCGUGCUCUUUACCGGACUCUGAGUAGCCGCUACCCGGAGGAGGAGUUCUACUACCCCCGUGCGGGGGCCCGCGGGGCCGUGAGACCGGAGCGCUCGCAGAGCAUCAAAGGACACCUGCCCCCUGAGCGCGAAGUACGCGACCGCGCCAAGAUGGAGGCCGAGCCCUGGGCCGCCCACUACCACCAGCCCAAGGUGCGCAGCCACAGCUUUGUGGCGCCCCGUUACGACACCAUGGAGGGCUACGUGCCCAUCCCCUCGGCCCAGCCACGCACCCCCAAACCCAGCCCCUUCCCCACCCACGGCUGCAUGCCCCCCAGCAGCCACAGACUAUACUCCACUGCCCUGGGCCAGGGGGGGUUUCUCCAGGGGCAGCCUCGACCAGAGGCAGAGGUCUACGUGGAGUGAUCCAGGGAGGAGGGGCUUAUGGGACAGGAUCUUGAAGGGUGUGUUUGGGUUCUAUAGAGCUGGGGGGGGGGGGGGGGUCGGGGGUCACAGAGGUUGUGAGACAGAAGAUGAA